CAAAUGUCCAAGCAUUUUAUGCAUGACGAUAAUUCCUCCUUUUUUCCUACUUUUUACGGCCGGGCGUUAUUUGAUGAUUAUCAAUUGGGCGUCUUAACUCGGGCUGAAGAAAAUCAAAUCCUUUGAAAAAAGCAAUCAUUUUGCUCAUCGUUGCCAUCACACCUUUUGGGCGUCAAAACAAAGAAAUAACGAUAAUCUAUUGACGAAUCAAUCAUACGUACGACAACAAAACAAAAAAGAUGAACAUCUCCUUUACGACCUUUUAGCAUGCACUAUUGAUCUCUAGCAUUCCGUGUCAAAUCAGUGCUGAGUUUCACACACAAAAGACUCACAACAGUUGCCUGCGAAGCAAUCAUUAACUAUGGCAACCGCAAAUGAUGACGUCGAGGCAGGACUUCAGUCUUUCAUGAGAGGGUCACUCGCUCCUUCGGAUAUAAGCAGAUCACCUGGACAAUCAUCAGAAGCAUUAACAGCUCAGCAAGCCGCAUCAUGGCGAAAGAGAAGGAGGUCGUACAUCUUGAUCUAUGCAGCAAUAUUUUGCAUAGCCUAUGUGACAUCUUUGGAUGCAAAUACCGCCUUUCUCUAUCUCAAUUUCGCAUGUAGCGAAUUCGGUUCUUUGGCUUCAUUCAGUACGAUUGCAAUCGUUCAACAAUUAUGCUUUGCUAUCGCAAAGCCACCGAUUGCAAAACUUUCAGACGUUUUCGGAAGAGCGGAAGCGUAUGCAUUCAGUUUGAUCUUGUAUGUUUGCGGUUAUCUCUUUGUCGCAAAGGCUCCUUCUUUAAAUCAUUUGAUUGGAGGAAUCGGAUUACAGUCAACAGGUACAACAGGUCUACAAGUUUUACAAUCCAUCAUCAUUGCCGAUUCUACAACUGCUAAAUGGCGCGGAUUGAUUAUCGGAAUCGUCAAUCUUCCCUAUUUGAUCAAUUUUGCAGUCGCAGGUCCUUUGGCAAACGCUGUUUUGGCGAACAAAGAUUGGAGGUUUGGGUUCCUGUUAUGGACAGUUGUGGUACCUUUGGCCGCAUCUCCUCUGCUCAUAACUUUGUUUGUAGGACAACGUAGAGCAAAAUUGGCAGGUUUGAUGACACGCAAUCCGAUCAAGAGUCGGUGGUGCUUACCUGCAUUGCACGAAUUGAGCAACGAAGUUGAUGCAAUCGGCUUGAUCUUAUUCAGUGUAGGAUUUGCUUUGUUGCUUGUUCCAAUGUCUGAAUUCGGUAAAGGAGCCGCGAUCACUGUUUCCCCACAACAGAUGCUGCUGGGAAGCGCUUUGGUGAUUGCCUUAUUCCUGAUUUGGGAAGGAUUUGCAAAGAAUCCGAUUCUGCCGUAUCGAUUCUUGACCAAUUUGUCAGUCGUUUGCAUCUGCAUCGUCGGCGUUUUGGACUUCUGCAGUUUCUAUCUCAGUUGGACCUUUUUAAGCUCAUUCAUUCAAGUUUUGAAGGGUUGGGAUCAGACAAGAACAGGUUAUUUUGCGUCAACACAGAACGUCACAUCCACUUUGACCGGUAUUCUGGUCGGCUGGGCAAUGGCCGCGACAAGGAGGUACAAGACGCUCCUCGUUGUAGGUAUCAUUGUACGUUUGGUAGGAGUUGCAAUGAUGGUACGAUAUCGAUCUGUAGGAUCACCUACUGCACUUUUGGUCAUGUGUCAAUUAUUGCAAGGAAUAGGUGGUGGAUCGGUUGCGAUCACAAUGCAAGUUGCCGUUCAAUGCGUCGUUCGACAUUCCGAUGUUGCCAUCGUGACUGCUAUUGAACUCUUGAUGACCGAAUGUGGAGCUGCAAUCGGAUCAGCUUUGGCUGGUUUGGUCUAUUCAAGUGAUUUACCCAAUGCAUUGGCCAGUAGGUUGCCCAACAUGAAUAAAGAUGAAAUCUAUUUGAUCGCUGGUAGCUUGCCAGCAGCGCUAUCUUAUCCGAUGGGCACUGCUACUCGAGAUGCAAUCAUUGAAGCAUGGGUACAAAUCAUGCACAAGCUUUGCAUAAUGGCCGCUCUGAUCCUCGUACCAGCAAUAUUCUUCGGUUUGGCGAUUCCGGAUGGCGAGCUGCCCGAUGUCUUGCAUCAUCACCAUCAUCAUCACAACCGUAGCAUGAGUGGCUCGCAUUCACAAGGAACUGAGCAUCGUUCUCAACGUUCAGCAAGUGGAAGUAUGCAAACCAAUACUGCUCAUCAUCGUCGUGGAUUGGGACGAGCAACAAAGAGUAUGGGAUCUUUACGUUCUGGCAAUAAUGUUCGACGUGCGCCUUCACGUUCGCGUAUCUCUUCUUCAACACUUUUAUCUGAUCAAGAAGAAGCAAACGAAAGUCCAACAGAAUCCACAAAUCCAACAAGAACUCAAGAACAAUUAGGUUCGACCAUGAUUAGAGGUCGUAGUAGCGGAGAGAUUGGUCGUUCUUUGCGUUUUGUUACCGAUCCACGAUUGAAGUUGGAUCGAGAUCGAAGAUUGAAAGAAUCGGAUCCAUUGUUGGCCGAUACCGAUCAAGACUGAGAGAGAAUGGGGGAAGGGGAAAAUACAGACAAUCUUUGUCAUCAUACCACAUGUAUAUUACACAUAUUCGCACAAGCAAUCAGAAAUGUUUCAUUAGUCUAUCAA